ACAGGGGUGCCGCAAAAAGCCACAGAUCGGAGGUCAGGAGAUCGCGAGCCAAGCCGCCGGCGGACUCAGCCGAUAAACUGUGUGUGCCUCGAAUUUAACGACGACGGCGAGCGGCGAGAUGGCGGCGGCGGCGGCGGGAGGCGGCGACGGGAGAUGGUGCGUGGUGACGGGCGGCCGCGGCUUCGCGGCGAGGCACCUGGUGGCGAUGCUGCUACGCUCCGGCGAGUGGCUGGUGCGCGUGGCCGACCUGCCCCCCGCCAUCGCGCUCGACCGCGACGAGGAGGAGGGGAUCCUAGGCGCCGCCCUGCGGGAGGGCCGGGCUGCCUACGCCUCCGCGGACCUCCGCAACAAGGCCCAGGUGGCCGCAGCUUUUGAGGGGGCUGAUGUUGUUUUCCACAUGGCUGCACCAGAUUCGUCUAUCAACAACUUUCACCUUCAUUAUUCAGUUAAUGUUGAGGGAACAAAGAAUGUCAUUGACGCUUGCAUCCGUUGCAAGGUGAAGAGACUUAUCUACACCAGUUCACCAAGUGUAGUUUUCGAUGGAAUUCAUGGAAUCUUUGAUGCAGAUGAAUCAAUGCCUUACCCAGACAAGUUUAAUGAUUCAUAUUCAGAAACAAAGGCAGAUGCAGAAAAGUUGGUCAUGAAGGCUAAUGGUAGGGAUGGGCUUCUUACUUGUUGUAUACGCCCAAGUAGCAUUUUUGGCCCUGGUGAUAAGCUACUGGUUCCUUCUCUGGUUACUGCUGCAAGGGCAGGAAAGUCUAAGUACAUUAUUGGUGAUGGGAGCAACUACUAUGAUUUCACCUAUGUGGAGAAUGUGGCAUAUGGCCAUGUUUGUGCAGAGAAAACUCUAUCAUCUGAAGAUGGUGCAAAGAGAGCUGCUGGAAAAACCUAUUUCAUAACAAAUAUGGAGGCUAUAAAAUUCUGGGAGUUCAUGUCGUUGAUUUUGGAAGGACUCGGAUAUGAAAGGCCUUCAAUAAAAAUACCAGUUUCUGUUAUGAUGCCAGUGGCUCAUAUGGUAGAAUGGACUUAUAAGACGUUCGCUCGCUAUGGAAUGAAAAUUCCUCAGCUUACUCCUUCAAGGAUCCGGCUCCUGUCUUGCAAUAGAACAUUCAGCUGCUCAAGAGCAAAAGAUCAGCUUGGUUAUGAACCCAUUGUGUCACUCAAGGAUGGACUUAAGAGAACAAUAGAGUCAUAUCCCCAUCUGCAAGCACAAAAUCAAAGGAGCAUAUCAAAAGCCUCAAUUUUCCUUGGCAAUGGAAAUCUUGCGAAGACAGUUCUCUGGGAAGACAUGAAGCAAACAAUGACUGUACUACUGCUACUGGCUGUUAUCUACUAUCAUUUAUUUACAUGUGGUUACACCUUCAUUACAGCAAUGGCAAAGCUUUUCUCACUAACCGCACUGUUUUUAUUCAUUCAUGGGAUUCUGCCUGCAAAUGUGUUUGGACACAAGGUUGAGAAGCUCGAGCCUUCAAAUUUUCACAUCACACAGGUGGAGGCGCAUCAUAUUGCUCAUUCAGUCAGCUCAACAUGGAACUCUUUAGUUGGUGUGCUAAAAUCUUUAUGCAGAGGAAAUGAUUGGCCACUAUUUUUCAAGGUGGUAUUCUCCCUAUUGGUUGUGAGCAUCCUUAGUUCCAUGUCUUCGCAAUCUGCAUUUAAAAUAGGUAUUUCUAUGGCUUUCCUAGGCUUCAAAGCCUAUGAGAAAUGGGAGGACACCAUCGAUGAUUUGGUGGGUAAUGCAUGCUCGGUUGUUACGCACUUUGUUCAGGGCCAGAAAUCCUCAAGGCAGAAGCAUGCAGAUAAUUGAAUGGCAUCAUUUAGUGAGGUUAACUUCAAUUUCAGCCAUUGCUAGUUUUUCUUCCGAGAACUUCAGCCAAUGUUCCUAUAAUGUUGUAAAUUAGUUUAGAGGUUCAGAUUUGGACAUUUCCUUACAGUGGUUGAUGCGCUUGUAGGGAAUUGAACUAUUUUUUCAAAGAGAUAUUUUUGCUCAUUGUAUUAUUGUGUAGAUGGAUGCCUUUUCAGUUCUUACUUACCAA